GGCAGCUGAAAGGUGAAUCACACGCCCGCUUUUAGUCGUAAACGACUGUGGUUUUUGUAGUGCUGAGUAUUUGUUAUCAGAUAUAUAAAUUGUUAAUAAGGCGUCUGGCCAUCGCAUAAUACCAGUCUCGCGUACGCCGACUAACGGGGAGGAAGUACCAGUGCGAUUACAGUUACAAAAUUCCUCUCAUCCAUUUAACAAGAUAUAAAAUAUUAUGGAGGAUCUAAGUUUUGUCCCAAAUCUCCCGAACGGGCCCCUAGAUGUGUAUCGAAAUAGAGCUUCAUUUGACUGGAAACGACUUAAAUUGGCUCUUGAAGGGGAUAUUGAUCUACUCAGACUUAAGUACAAAAUAUGGCACACGCUAGAAAACGACCCACUUUUCGCGCCCAACCCCGUGACGCCCCCAGUAGAGGAACAAAAGAGAAUAACGCAGCUGCAACUGCAGAAGAUCAAUCAGUACAAAUUCUUGAGCAACGAGAUGUUCAACGCCAGUUAUGGGAAACGGACGCGGACGCUAAUGACUAUCAACGAAGCGGUCCAGUCCUUGGCGCCCAGCGUGUCAGUCAAAAUGGCGAUCGGGAUAUAUCUCUUCUCGAACGCUCUGCUCUCGCUCGGCACGGAGAGACACUUGAAGUUCUACGAGGCGACGAUCAAAGAUAGAAAGAUCCUCGCAAGUUUCGCGCUAACAGAGAUAGCGCACGGCUCGGACGCGCGGCUCAUGCGCACGACGGCCACGUACGACCCGCAGACGCGGGAGUUCGUGAUCAACACCCCCGACUUCGAGGCAGCUAAAUGCUGGGUUGGUAAUCUAGGCAGAAGUUGCACGCACACGCUGCUAUUCGCGCAGCUGGUGAUGCCGGACGGUACCAACCACGGCCUCCACGGGUUCCUCGUACCCGUACGGGACCCGAAGACCCUGGAAGUGUACCCCGGGCUGAUCGUGGGCGACAUGGGCGAGAAAAUUGGCGUUAAUGGCAUCGAUAAUGGUUUCAUAAUGUUCAACAAAUACCGGAUACCGCGGGAGAACCUUCUCAACCGAACCGCGGACGUGACGGAGGACGGCGUGUACGAGAGCUCCUUCUCGGAACCUUCUCGAAUACUCGGCGCUGCGCUGGAAAAUCUCUCGGCUGGUCGCAUCGGCAUCAUGCAGGAGAGCUGCCACUCGAUAUCCAGCGUGGUCGCCAUCGCGGUGCGCUACGCGGCCACGCGCACGCAGUUCGGCGAGCGGGACAACGAGACGCCGCUGCUCGAGUACGAGCUGCAUCAAUGGCGUCUAUUCGGCUACGUGGCCGCAGCGGUGGUGUUCCGGCUGUACCUGCAGAACUUCACGCAGACCUAUCUCAAGAUAGUUGAGAAGUCGAAUACGGGUCAUAGGGUCGAUAACUUGAGCGAAGCAGUGUCAGAGAUCCACGCGAUGGUGUCAUGCAGUAAGCCCUUACUGACCUGGACAGUGUUAGAGGCGGCACAGCAGUGUCGGGAGGCGUGUGGGGGCCACGGGUAUUUGAAGGUGGCAAACCUUGGCGACAUACGGAGCAACCACGAGCCGACAGUCACGUACGAGGGCGACAACAACGUGCUCUCGCAGCAGACGGGCAACUGGCUGCUCAAGCAGUACGAGGCGGUGCUGUCUGGCCACACUGUGGACUCGCCGCUCGGCACAGUGGCCUUUCUGAAGGAGUUCAGAACUAUAUUGGGCCAGACCUUCGAUUGUAGGAGUACGGGAGAGCUGAAGAACUCGAAAUUCAUAAUAUCCACAUAUAAGUGGCUGAUAUGCUGGAUCCUGAAGUACACCCACGAGAAAAACGAAGCGGAACUAGCGAAAGGGCUCACUAAGGUCCAGGCGAGGAACCGCAGCCAGGUGUACAGGUGGAGGACCCUAACAAGGGUCUACGCGGAGUACCUAGCUCUGGUCUACUGCCUAGAAGCCAUAGAGAAACUGGAGAAAUCCCUUGUCCCAGUUCUAGAAAGAAUCUUCUGCCUCUACGGUCUAUGGGCCCUGGAUAAGCAUUUAGUAGAGAUGUACCAGGGAGGGUUCUCGAAGGGAGAGGACUUGGCGAAACUCCUCCGGACGGCCAUCUUGGAACUGUGCGGAGACCUGAAGGGAGAGAUUGUCAGUGUGGUGGACGCGCUCGCGCCGACCGACUUCGUGCUCAAUUCCGUUUUGGGAAAGAGCGAUGGGAAGCUUUACCAGAACCUGCAAAAGGCAUUCUUUAGUCACCCGGGCGCGUUCGAACGCGCCAAGUGGUGGCGAGACGUCGUCUCCAAGUUAUAAGUCUUCCGAAACACGCCCACACAAAUACCGCCCGUCGGUACAUGUAAUAUAGUUCAAUGUCGCUUGCGGGAAUCCUGGAGGUACGUCUUUUUAAAGGAAAAUAAACUUGAUCGAUUCCGGAAAAUGAAGUACAGAUAUUUUGGAGGAGACAUGACAAUGAAGGUACAUUUCCUAGUAAGCUUAUAAUAAACUAAUAGUUCCCCGCUACUUCGCCCGCGUGGGCAAUGGAAAUUAACAGUAAAUGGCGUAUCAUGCAUGUCACAUGAAACGUUAGCUUUAUAUAACUACGAGAAACAGAUUUGUUUUGCUCUUUUACUCAUUAUAUAAUAUUAGUUUUAUAUUUUUAAGUGGCCAGUAACUAGUUCAGGAUUCCACGCAAGUGUAGAGGGAAUAUACCAAAUUUUAGCUGCCAUUGUUGACAGACCGUUUAGACAAGUUUUUUUUUUAUUUUUAAGUGUUUUUUUUUUAUUUAUCUAUAUUUUAGAUAUUUUCCUUUUUUCUGCAUUUGCAGUGGAUUUUUUAGACAUAAUAAUUUUUUGAUUUCUUUUGUACGGUUGCAACGCAAUAUCGUUCCAAGUAUAAGCAUUUGUUAUAGUGUCCUUUUGUUGUGUUUUGUAUGUGAGAAAUAUUAUGUUUAUAUCAUUUAACAAUCAUUUAUUGCAUUUGUAAUUAAUUCUGAAUUCUUUCUGUGUACAUUCUGUGGAGAAGUCAAGAAAUAAUCGUAAUCGGAAAUGUAAUGAAUUGUUUCCAAUAUACAAUUAAUUUUGCUCAAGGUAGGUAUG